AUGAGUCUUUCUUCGGUGGCAAGCACCAUUCAGCAUGGCAAAAAGGAAGCUCGCAAUGGGCUUAGUAUCAACAAUAAACUAGUGCAGGCCCUGAUCAUCCUGGUGGCCUGUGUCCUCUUUGGAGCCCACAUGAACUACGCCUCCUUUCCACCUGGCACUGUCAUCGAUAUCAAGCUCGGUGAUGUCGCCCUCGAGCAGUUCAGCUAUACGCCAACCCGCGAUGGAUACGAGUUCAACUACACUCUUCCUGAUGGAACUUUUCGUGAUGAGAUUGCCAAGGUCCUAAGCGGAACUUCGGCGGCUAAGGAUCUGGAAAAUGCCAACAACUUGGCCAAGAACCACCGUCCCUCCCGUGAACAGGGCCUGAAAAUUCGCAAGUUGUCCGGAAAAUCCCUUUCAUCUUUGGCCGGAUAA